AUGUCCUUCACCUCUCAAACCCGCCGCCGCGUCCCGUUCACGCCCUACACCCCGGGAAAUCAGUUCAAGGCUGCGACCGGCAGGGGCGUCCACGCUCCUGUGUCCUUCGAUGUUCCCGGAAGCGCCAGACAAGGCGUCCAGAUGCGCGAGCUGAGGCUGCGCGGAGUCGGGAUGCCCAUGGCUGGCGCUGGCGAGGCCGCCUUGUCCCAGACCGGCCUGCAGAGAGUGAUUUUGCGAAUCCUCUGGCCUGGAUACACGCACGUUGAAUGGUGCCGGACGAUUCCCGUGGUCCAUCCAAACGGUGUCCCCCUCACUCGAAUUGAGCUGGCCAUCCAAAUCGCCCUCAACUUCGGUCGCUUCGUCGAGAAAUGUCAAUUCGAAGCGCCGACAGCACAGGGGUUCAUGUUCUCCGCCAACUGCGUGAAAUUUGACCAUCUGUUUCUGGUGGGCUUGCAUAACACCUUCGACGAUGUCUGGCAGGCAGAUGUGGCUCUGGACAUCGCAUAAUCUCUCUGUACUUCGGCAGAAUAAUUUUCAACCAAGUGUUGUAAUAGGUAUCAUACAAGUCAGUCGCCCGUAAUCCAAUCCAAUCUCUUUUAUCUUUGAGCACUCGCUCAUUAUCUCCCGUGGAGAAUGUGAUUUAGGCUCCAGUCGCCAGCAAAUAUGGGUCGGGCCCAGCGCCGUCCAUGCAGAAUAAGCAGCUCUAAAAUGACUCGCCGGUGUGGAACACAUUCCAGGACCUAAGCAACCUGGUGAUUGCAAAUUCUUUCAGCAUUUUCAGGCCCAUCAAGAAUCUCAGCACCCGCAAUCGAAGUGUUCAACGCUCGUAUGAGCUCGAUCAGUCGACGACGAACGAUAUAUUGCAUAACGAUGGACAUAUCUGAAUCCAAUAAGUUGAUCCAAUCCACCGCAGUCAAACUCAACGGGGCGUAGAGACUUUGUAUCGCAAUCGAGACUCGAACCUGCCAACGACUUCGCGAAAUUUAUCAUGAAAGUAAGCCGUCUCCGUCGAAUCGAUGAGCUCGCACUCGAAAUCUACAAGACUGGGCAAAGCCGGAUGGGAAGGAGGACCGAGGUUCUCGAGCACUUGGAGGAGAGCAUAACCCUCGGCGCGCUCCAACAACAUGUACCGGAAGAACAAGUGGCGCAGCAGGGGCAGCGAGAUCUGGUGUACCGGAUCGUCGUGCGUCGUCAGCUCUUCGAUCAAAGUCGGUUUACAACCACGAUUCAGGCUCAGCGAUGUCAGGCUGUUGGAAAAACGUGUGGCCACACGCUUCAGAUCGUCGAGGUCAAUCAUGAUGCUAUGUAAGAUCAGCUUGGCGAGUGGUAGCCCAGGAGUGUUGUCGUGCAGCCAGGUCAGAGCGGCGCGGCAUGACACCGUCGGCGAUCGAUUUCGUCGGGAGCAGUAGAUGGCUUCGAUUUCGAGGGAAUGAAGAUUGGGAAAGGAGAACUGCGAGAAGAAUUCGUCGAUCUCGGCCUCUGGGUGGAACUGCAGGAUCAGCAGCUGCAGUCCAUGCGUCGUAGGCGUUGCAACCCGGCCGCUCCAGACCACCGGACUGAAUGCAUACACGUCUCCGAAACAGACUGACUUCAAGACUGGGCUGCUGCGAAGCAGGGCUGCACAGGUGAUGAAGGUGAUGGCCAUAUUCAUACUAAGGCAGGUCAGUCGAGUCCACAUGUCACCAGGACGACAUUCAUGCUCCAGCGUGAUUGGCAAAGUCGAGUUCAGAUCGACCCGCCAAAGGUUCUUUGAGUGUGCAAGGAAUCUGACCACACCGUCGACAACGUUCGUCAUCCCGCGGGAAUAGGUGCAGUCGACCAGCUUGAAGUGCGCAUUCUGGAGCUCGGGGAAGAUCCACUCGGCCUGGGGCUCAGGAAGGGAAGCGGGACAAAUAAAGAGGAACAACUUCCGAAUCCUCGGCGCCCCGAGGCGCAGGAACGUCGCAAGAGUGUCUCUCACACUCACGUCCAUUUCAUGAUCCACGCCACUGACUUUCGAUUGGUCGUAGAACACAAGAGUCACUGCCAUAUCGCACGACUUUUCGAUCAGCCAUUUGGCUCGGAUGCUUUCAUCUCUCUUGAUCCCUCGCAAGGUCCUGAAUGCGAUGUAGGUCCAGAGCGCUGGUGUGCCGUGCACAAUCGAUCUCCAUCUAGAGCAUACCCGCCCAAAGCAGAGCGGUGCCGUGUCAGGGUCGUCGGAAGAUUCUAUUAGACUCCAUUUGUCGCCCGGGGAGAAGCCGCCGCGAAUGAAAAGGAUGAUUUUGACCAGGAGUUCGGGGGGCAGUCGGUGGAUAGGAGGAAGAGCGCGCUGGGUGAUAUCGGCUUCAAGAACGUCACAUUCCACGAUCUCCGGUUGAACAGGAUCGGAGGCGAGUGCUGGG